AAUUUAACCACUGCCGGGCUCCCUCAGAGUGUAAUUAAUACUAUCCAAAACGCCAGGGCUCCCUCCACUAGGAACCUAUAUGGCUCCAAGUGGGGACUGUUUGAGCGGUGGUGUCUUGAACGGGACUACGUUCCUUUUCAGUGUUCUGUACCAGCGAUUCUGUCGUUUUUACAGGAACUGAUUGAUAAAGGAAAAGCUUUUUCCACGGUUAAGGUUUAUCUGGCAGCUAUAGCAGCAUGCCAUAUAGGAUUUGGAGACAAAACGGCGAGCCAACACCCUUUGGUUUGUCGGUUUAUGAAGGGCGCCCGCAGGCUCCUCCCCGUCUCCAGACCUUUGCUGCCUCCGUGGGAUUUGUCGGUGGUUCUGGAGGGGCUUAAGGGACCCCCAUUUGAACCGUUGUUGGGGUCCAGUCUUAAACAUCUGUCUCUCAAGACAGUGCUGUUACUGGCCCUGGCCUCUGCGAAACGAGUCAGCGACAUUCAUGCGCUAUCUGUGAGCCCCGCAUGUACCCGGUUCGACCCGGAAUACACGCGUAUGGUUCUGAAGCCCAACCCGGCCUUUGUUCCUAAAGUGGUUGGUUCUUGUUCACCGAUCGAGCUAGCGGCGUUCGCCGCCCCCCCAGGUGAACGGCGAGCGCACACGCUGUGCCCUGUUCGAGCCGUGCGCUCUUAUAUGGACAGGACGCAGAGCUUCAGGAUGAGUGAUCAGCUCUUUGUCUCCUGGGCGGAGCCCCGUAAGGGGCAGCCGAUCACAAAGCAACGCCUCGCCCACUGGGUGGUGGAGGCUAUAGCUUUGGCGUAUGGAAGCAGGGGUCUGCAGCCCCCGGCGGGUCUGCGUGCACACUCUACCCGCGGGAUGGCUGCGUCCUGGGCUUUAUUUCGGGGAGUGUCCGUUCAGGACAUUUGUUCAGCGGCGAAUUGGUCUUCGCCUCUGACUUUUGUCCGGUUCUACAUGCUUGACGUGUCUGGACCGUGCGUGGCCAGUGCGGUCCUAGAGUCAUAACUGACCUUGUGGACCUUCCCCAUCGGCCGGUUCUUGUUCGAUAAGCUGUCUGACAAUACGGGAGCUACCAUAUCCCAUAGCGAGACACCGAGUGAAU